AUAAACGGACAGUAGUCGCAGUCGGUCCGUUCGCCACGCGCGUUCUCUCGUUAUACAAAAAAUACCGCGAGUUUGUUUGUAAACCAAAUUAAGUGCCGAAUGAGUUCGCGAUUGUGUGUUUAUUGAAUUUAUCAAAGUGACAAAUAUUGGAUUUAAUACAUUGUUAUCACAAGUUGUGAAACACGUAGUUGCGUUCAUUGUGAAAACGGAACUUAUAAAUAUAUUUUUCUUCGUUUAUCGCCAAAAAUAUAUAUAUAUAUAAUGAAGUUAUAGAAUAAUUAUUUUCGAGAUCAAAGUGCAGUUUAAUUUCAUUUUUUCUCGAUAAUUUUUUAAAUUAUCCUCCAAAUCCGAUCAAAAAACUUUUAAGUGCAACAGUUUAUUGUCUCAGUGAUGUUUAUGAAACUGUUUGGAUGCGUAUACUUCGGGCCGUAGUCCGUUGUGCGUGCAAAGACAGUGGAAAGACAUCAGUUUGCUGAAUUUUAAUUGAAUUCCAUUGAAUUUUUAUACUGUACAUUGCAUUCACAAAUCAAAGUAUAUGGAAGGUCUGUACAUAUCUUCAGCAACGGCCGCCGAGUCCACAAACAAUAAUGUGGACGACACGCCAAAAAAGAAGUGGAACGGUAACCUGACCAUACUGAAAGAACACGUUGAGGAGUGCACUAAAGACGAUGAUAGCUAUGGUAAACCACCUGUAUUACCGUUAGAUGAUAAGCGUAGGAAUCGCAGGAAGUCUUGGCACAUAGGACGUUCAGACAAAAAACGAAGAAAAAGUUUUAGUGUCUUGUCGCCUAUACCCGAUGCCGACCAAUGCGGCCUACCGAUCAACUUUUACAAAGCUAAACGCCCCAGUUGGUGGAACAUCUUCACACCAGAUAAUUGGCCGCGUUCGAGAAGAAAUUCAGAUUUCGACAGCACCACUAGUGAGCGUAUUCCAUAUAAAAGAGGAAAGAGUCGAAGUGUUGAUCAUGGACUCUCUUCGCCAUUUGAUUUGGAUUCCUUGCGAAGUAAAGUUGAGGGCAGAUUCGAAAGCGUCGACAAACUCAACAGAGAUUCAGGUACGGAUGGAGAAAGUCAGAGCGGAAGCAAAGAACAGCUUAGCGAAAGAAAAAUGCCAAAACCACCUAUUGCUACGAUUACAUACAAGGUUGAAGCAUCAGAUACUCUGACUUCAGUUGCUGCCAGAUUUGACACAACCCCAUCAGAAUUAGCUAUACUGAAUAGACUUUCAUCGCGCACAGUUUUUCCUGGACAAGUAAUUCGUGUACCAGAUAAAAAACGUUUGUCAGUGUCAGAAUCUGAUGCAUCCCAAGGCACCCUAAGCAAUUUAGAUUUAUCUGAAACUAACAGUUCCACAUCAGCUGAAGGAGAGAGCAAAACCGGACUUAUUACUGGUAAUGAUAACAAAGAUGCCAGUAAUAAAAGGGAGGAUGAUAUGUUGGAUUCAUUACGCCCAUCAUCACCAAAGUCAGGAAAUCAGGAACGUUUGGGUUCUUCAGUAUCACCUUCAUCUGGUAGAUUACAUACGCGCGGUGUGGAAAGGUUCCUUAAAAUAAAUGUUAGACACAUUACAGAUGGACAAGGAGUAGUAAGUGGUGUACUACUUGUUACGCCCAAUGCUGUUAUGUUCGAUCCUAAUGUUUCUGAUCCCUUAGUCAUUGAACAUGGGCCAGAAUCUUAUGGUGUUAUAGCUCCAAUGGAAUUUGUGGUGAAUGCAGCCAUAUAUUAUGAUAUAGCGCACAUGAGAGUAGCAGGACCACAUCAAGCUUCAGGAAAUGAAAAUGAAAAUGUGACAAAACCUGCAAUCUAUCAUUUACCCCCAGCUCAUAAGUCAGAGGUAGCUGAAAAUAGUGAUCAUAAAUCUCCAGCAAUGUUAACUACAACACAAACAGAUUCUUUAGACAGUGCAACAUUGGAUUUGCAAAUAUCACCUGGUGGUAGAACAGAUUCUCUAAUAGCAAAAGAUGAAACUUUUCCUGAACUUAGAUCAUCUACAGAAGAUGAAGAGGAAGAUGGUAGUAUAUGUUCAUGCAAUGCACAAAGAAAUGAUGGAGCUGCAUUUCCCAAAGCAUUUGAUCGAGACUUAGUUACACCAAGUCCAAUGAAUAGGCCCAGUGAUAUUUUGAAGAGAACAGAAAAAGAAUCAGUUAAUGAAAAUAGUGGCAAUGAUGAUGAUAGGCCAUUAUCUUCUAUGUCUGUUGAACAAGAUGCUAUCUGUAGUAUACGGAACUUAGAACAACGAAGACAAUCUUCAAUUGAUCAACAUUGGGCUAUGCCAAACAAAGUUCGAUCUCUAGAUGAUGAACCUCCAGUACAUAAUGAAGAACAUUCGGUUACUGAUGAACCAGAAACAUCAAAUGGUUAUUUAGUAAAACAUUCUUGUCAUGAUUCUGGUAUUGACAUAAGAGAUCCUCCAAUGUUGUCUGUACCACGAAAAACAGUGUAUUCUGAUGCAGAUAUACUUUUAUCAGAAUCAGAUUUCAUUCCCCCAGUUUCAGUUUUACCAUUAUCAAGUGAUCAACUCAAUGAUGCAGUUCAACUUAGGAAGAAGAAAGCAACAUCUGUAUCAUUUAGUUUAGAAGAUUCUAAAGAACAAGAGAAUUCUCCUGCUGCAGAGGUACAGCAAAGGAUAGACGAACAGGAUAAACAAGCUCAAGACACCAAAAAAAAUAAAAUGUUAAAGAGACUUUCAUAUCCUUUGGCAUGGAUGGAAGGAUUUACAGGUGAGAAAGAUACUGAAAAAGAAGCAUCAUCGGUACCAUCUUCAGCUGAAUCAUCUCAUCUUUCGCAUUCAUCCAGUGUAUUUUCUAAAGUGUUCUCCAGCUCACCGAUAAACAUGGUGACUGAUUUUGGUUCGGGUCUGUUCCUAAUGAAAACGCCAAGUGAGGAAAGUGGACGAUUUCAGUUUCCACCACCCCAGGACUGUUCACCCGCUCCGUCUUCGGCUACCCCACCGAAACGGGAAGGCCUUGCUAGUUUUUCGCCAUCGUCAAUUAUAAACAGCGUGGGGCGCUCCUCGGUUAGUACAUUUAUACGUCAACAACACAAUAGCUCUAAUAGCCGCUCCGAUAGUCAAAGUUCUACAAAAACUGUUCCUCCUAGGUUGGAUUAUAGAAGUAUGGUAUCAGUGGAUGAUAUGCCUGAGCUAUUUGUAUCUUUUGAUAAACUUAUACCAAGACCCGUCCAUACUUUUGAAGAACCUGCUCCUUUAUAUUUAAGACUCAGAAUGGGUAAACCAAAAGAUAAGAAAAUACCAAAAUCAACACCAAUUAUGUCUUAUGGCAAGAAAAAAAUGAAACCAGAGUAUUGGUUUAGUGUUCCUAGAAACAGGGUGGAUGACCUUUAUCGGUUCCUUAUGCUGUGGGUACCACAUUUGUAUGGUGAUCUUGAUGAAGAAGUAGUAGCUUGUCGUGGAUUUGAGUUAGUUGAGUCAGAUACAGAAUUAUGGGAAGAACCAGAAACUCCACCUGGUGAUAGUAAUGAUAAAAAACUCGAUAGGCAUGAAAGUGAAGCAGGUGAUCUCACACGUGAAUCUUGGGAGGUGUUAAAAGCGCCAUAUUCAAAAUUGUACUCGUUACUGAAGACUCAAGCCGAUCAGUUCGGAUCGUCAGAUUCGCAGGCUAACAACGAGGUACUGUCUAUGAGCGAUGAACUACGACGUGCGUUCUACGCCAACAGUGUCAACUCGUUGGAUUUUGAAGCGUACAUACCAGAUUUACAUGGAGUAACCGAAAUAAUGACUGAAGAUCACAGAAAACAGUUGAGUAGGCAUCUACCAGCUAGAGCUGAAGGAUAUAUGUGGACAUUAAUUUUUAGUACCCUACAACAUGGAUUCUCUCUAAACUCUAUGUACAGGAAGAUGAGCAAAGUUGAAAGUCCCAUUCUGUUAGUUAUACAAGACACCCAAAAUAAUGUGUUUGGCGCACUUACAUCAUGUGCAUUAAAGAUGAGUGAUCAUUUCUAUGGUACUGGUGAAUCUUUGCUGUACACAUUUUGUCCUGACUUUCAGGUAUACAAUUGGACAGGUGACAAUAUGUAUUUUAUUAAAGGCAACAAUGAGAGUCUUUCAAUUGGAGCUGGAGAUGGUAAAUUCGGUUUGUGGCUUGAUGGUGAUUUAAACCAAGGAAGAACUGAAGCAUGCAACACCUACGGCAAUGACCCUUUGGUUCCAGAACAAGAUUUUGUUGUCAAAAUCCUAGAGUGUUGGGCGUUCCUAUAAAUCAAAUAUAAACCAUUUUACAGACACAAUUUACACAUUCUUUUUUUUUGUUUGUUUGUUUUUUGAAUUAUUAUUAUUAUUAUUAUUUAUUAGGUGCUAAAAUAUUAAUCUUGUUAAGAAUUUAAACAAAACAAAAAGUUCAACAAUUAAAUUAAUAUAUAAUAAUUUAUUUUUAUUCACAACAACUAUUCCUCCUGGCGGCCUGUUCCCACCUUUCUGUUGUACCUGUUGGCUGUUUGUAAAUAAAAAAAAAAUGAAAAAAAACAAUUUUAGCUCAAUAAUAUUUGAAAUUGUAGUUACUUAGUUUUUUUAAAUUUAAUUUAUACAUGUUGAAAACUGUUUAUUGCGGUGUAAUUUUAGUAUUUAUCUAGUCUCAGUGAGCUUAAGUGUCAUCAGUGUUGCCUAAACAAAAUUUUAAAAUGUCUAUUAUGUGGCAGCACUGAACUUUAAAAUUUAUUUUUACAUUUAUGAAAUUAAAUAUCUUUUUAAAUGAAAUUAUUAUUGUAAUAUCUUAUUUUACCCUUUGAAUUCAGGGACCACUAGUCAUCGCACAUGUGCACAUCCACACGUGCCCUUGCACAAAAGAAAAAAACAUUCUUUAUUAACGGCUAUUAGACAAUCACAAACCAUUGAAUUUAUCCUCAAAUUGAUUAUCCCCUUUUUUUACCACACCUUCAUGGAAUCUCUUCAUUUGUUUAAUUAAUUACAUAUUUUGUAUCAUUAUAAUGUGGCAACACUGAUUUGGUAGCCAGACGCUGUAGUUCGUAGAUUAUGAUAUUAAUAUAACUACUACUAAUAAUAAAGUUUUGAAACUUAUUAAAAAAAAGAAAUUAAAUUUUUAACAAAUUAUAUUAUAUAUA